AUGGAUCUAAGCGGGAAAACCAAGGUAUUCUCCACAUUGCUUCGACUCAAGAAAGAACAAGAGUUUCAAUGGAUGGAAGAACAUCAGAAGGCGUUUGAGGAAAUAAAAGCCAGCUUAACAACGGCACCAGUCAUGGCUCCUCUCAUUCGUGGAAAACCAAUGAAACUCUACAUUUCGGCAUCAGAGGAAACUAUUGGCAGUGUGUUGGCUCAAGAUGAUGAAGAUGGAAUCGAAAGGGCUAUAUAUUAUUUGAGCCGAAUCCUUAAUGAUGCCGAAACUAGAUAUAGUUUAGUAGAAAAAUUGUGUUUAUGUUUGUAUUUUUCAUGUACUAAACUUAAGUACUAUAUUAAACCUAUUGAUGUAACUGUUAUUUCCCAUUAUGAUAUAAUAAAGCAUAUGCUGUUCAAGCCCAUUCUUCAUAGUCGAAUUGGAAAGUGGGCGUUGGCCCUUACUGAGUUUUCUUUAAGUUAUCAACAUUUAAGGGCUAUGAAAGGCCAAGUAAUAGCUGAUUUUUUGGUUGAUCAUAGUGGGUCGAAAGAACAGGAGACGGUGGUGACGUUGAAACCUUGGGAAAUGUAUUUCGAUGGUUCGAGGCAUAAGAAGGGGACCGGGAUAGGUAUCUUGAUAAUUUCACCCCAAGGAAUCCCGACAAAAAUUAAGUUGGGCAUCGAAGCUGAGUGUUCGAAUAAUGAGGCGGAGUAUGAAGCUUUAUUGAUAGGGCUCGAAACGGCUCUAAACUUGGGGGCUAGAGAGCUCUUAAUUCGUGGAGAUUCAGAGUUGGUUAUUAAGCAACUAACUGGUGAAUACCAAUGCGUUAGUGAGAAUUUAAUGAAAUAUCAUUCGAAAGCAGUUAAAAUGUUAAGAAGUUUUGAUGAAGUCGAAUUAUGUCAUAUCCCUAGGAUCGAGAAUGCUGAAGCGAAUGUUUUGGCACAAAUUGCGUCAGGUUACCGGCUACCUCGGAAAAAGUUUAAAGAGCUAGUAAAGGUCAAAAGAAAGUUUAUUCCUAGUUUUAAGGAAAGGAAAGUGGAGUUCGAGCAGGAGGUAUUGGUCAUUAGUAAUUUGGAUGAUAGUGAUUGGAGGAAACCUGUUGUGAAAUACUUGCAAAACCCAAAUGCACCAACAGAUCGAAGAACAAAGUAUCGAGCUCUAAGUUACUUGAUUUUGGAUGACGAAUUGUUUAAAAAAAGGGGUGAAUGA